CAAUAUCUUUUGGGAGUCGGAGAAGUUGGAAAAGUGAAUUUGCAUCAGAAAAGUUUAAUUCAUUACUGAUUUUAGCCACUGACUGUGACUGGCCGACCAUAGGGCUCCUCCUCUCUCUUAUAAAGUGACUUUUGUGACCCGGUGGAUAAAAAAGAUCGCUCCUUUUUCCUCUCCCAAUCGAGAUUUCCUAUCUUUGUUGCUGGUAAACUCCGCCGGCGGCGAUGGCGCUUCAGCUAUGGGAGACGCUGCAGCAAGCAAUCACGGCCUACACGGGUCUAACUCCGGCCACUUUCUUCACAGCACUGGCUUUUGGGCUGGCUAUUUACUAUCUGCUCUCUUCGUUGUUUGGGCCAUCUGAUCCGCCGCCGAGGCCCAGGAGCUUCCAGGAGGAGGUCCAGCCUCUGCCGCCGCCGGUUCAGCUGGGAGAGGUUGGCGAGGAGGAGCUGAAGCAGUACGAUGGUUCUGAUCCCAAGAAGCCUUUGCUCAUGGCGAUUAAGGGUCAGAUCUAUGAUGUCUCCCAGAGCAGGAUGUUCUAUGGUCCAGGUGGACCUUAUGCCUUGUUUGCCGGAAAGGAUGCCAGCAGAGCACUGGCAAAGAUGUCCUUCGAGGACAAGGACUUGACGGGAGACAUCUCCGGCCUAGGUCCUUUCGAGAUGGAAGCCUUGCAGGACUGGGAAUACAAGUUCAUGAGCAAGUACGUGAAGGUCGGUAGCAUCAAGAAGGAAGUCCCAGUAACUGAUGGUUCCUCCAGCGAGCAACCAGCAACCGAGAAUGGCGAUGCCAAGCCUGCAACCUCCGAAGCAGACGAUGUCAAGCCAGCUGAAGAUGCUCCAUCAAUGGCAGCUGAGCAUACCGAGGUACCCCCAACAAGCGUCGAGUCCAAAGAGGAUUGAAACUGCAGAGGACAAUUCUUGUGGCUGUGGAGAGCGAACUUCUGAAGGAGAGAUGAUGCCAUGAGAGAGAUGUAUGUAUAAGAAGAUGAAGAUUCGGUGGGUUAUUACUUAUUACAUAGGGGUUUACUUUUGUUAUUUUCAGCUUUCUCAUCUCCAACUCAAAACAUGUUUCUGUCACAAACAAGAGAUUAGCUUUCAUAUGUUUUUGUCUAAUAAGAACACCAUUCCGCGAUUUAGGCUCUUUACAUGGUGGCUGGGGAAACGAAGAACCUUAGUAAUAUGAAUGGCAAAAUACACUUUUAUAGUUAAAUCUAGAGUUAAAUCUAUUCGCG